CAUCGCAUCGAGUGCAAUAUUUGCAGAAUGAGCGUGUGAUUUUUCUGUGCAACCACUGCCGAAAAGCCAGCGGAUGGAGAGGUGCAGGUAGAGAGAUGGGAUCGAAACCCAGGAGCAGAGAAACAGAAUGAAGAAACUGGUGCGACCUCUAAUCGCAGUGUUUUUGGGGCUUUCCACGUGCGGGACCCUACUGGUGCUGUACACCGCUAAAGGCGAGCGGGGUGCCGGCUCCAAGCCACCCUACAGUGCAGAGGGAGCCAGCAGAGUGACAGAUGGGCAUCCGGAGCCAGUGCCAGUGCUAACGGGAUACAUCAAUUUCAUCGACCGUAAGGGUCUGCAGGUGCACUGUAACAGCUGUGCUCUGGUCACCAGCUCUGGACACCUCAUCAGGAGCAGGCGAGGGGCAGAGAUCGACCGCGCGGAGUGCGUCAUCAGGAUGAACGACGCGCCAACACGGGGCUACCAAGAGGACGUGGGCCGGAGGACCAGCCUGCGGGUGGUGGCUCACUCCAGCAUCCAGCGGCUGCUGCAGAAGGGCGGCGAGCUGCUCAACGCCAGCCAGGACCCGGCCUUCAUCUUCUGGGGCCCCAGCAGCUACAUGAGGAGGGACGGCAAGGGGCGGCUGUACAACCAGCUGCAGCUCAUCCAUCGCAUCGUGCCCCGGCUGAAGCUGCACACCAUCACCCGGCAGAAGAUGCUGCACUUUGACCAGCUCUUUGAGAGAGAGACCGGCAAGGACAGGAAAACCUCCAAUUCAUGGUUGAGUACUGGCUGGUUCACCAUGAUCAUCGCUCUUGAACUUUGUGACAGAAUUGAUGUCUACGGCAUGGUCCCACCUAACCUCUGCAGGGACCCCACUCACCAACAGGUGCCCUACCAUUACUACGAGCCCUCAGGAAUCGACGAGUGUACGAUGUACAUGUCACACGAGCUCGGCCGCAAGGGGAGCCACCAUCGCUUCAUCACGGAGAAGCGCGUGUUUGCCAGGUGGGCAAAGAAAUACAGCAUCCACUUCCACCAGCCGGACUGGGAGCCAGACUCAGAGUCGGCAGCUGCCAAUCGCACAGACGCUGAAGCCAGCCAAUGAGAAGGAAACGCAGCACUCGGAACGACCAGCUGAGCGCCAGGCUCGAGGGACUGUCCACCGAUUUCUUUCUUAUAAACCACUAUCCUGUGAAAGACAGAGAAGCUGCGUUUAUAAGACGCCUUUCACAGCCAGAGAUGUGCUUCAGAGGUGUCAUGAUAUGAUUAAAUGGCUGAGGGGAUUGCUGGAUAGCCACUCCAUUCCAACAAAGACGCCCUCGAGGCAGGGACCAGGAACACAACGGCUGUUUUUUUUAAAAUCGUGAGGGACAAUGUUUGAAUUAUUAAUACUGACUUUGUUAAUCUUGCAUGCAGCCUUUUACAAUUCUUGCAGGGUAUUUUUGGAUUUAUGUGUGUGUGUGUGUGUGUGUGUGUGUGAUGUCCCUUUCCCCAAUCACUGACCUGUAAUACUAUUUAUAUCAAAGGACGUUUAUUAUCGUACUGGGCUGCAAUGCAUCACUUUUGAACUUUUGCUGACAUUUUAACCAAAUACCAUGGACUGCUCGGAGUUGUAGCAACUAAUUAAUCUUCCUGUGUGCCAAGGACUCCUUUCACUGUGAGAAAAUAUGUUGGGGAAAUAAAAGUAUCUGCUGAGUAACUCAGAACCAAUAGAUGGUCUGUUCUGAAGUUUGGGAAAGGAGGAGGCAGUUCAGGCCCCUCUUUCCUAUUCUGUCCUUCAACUUGAUCAACAGU